AAGCAUGAUCAACUUCAUUCUAAUGGUUAACAAACAAGGACAAACAAGAUUAGCAUAAUAUUUUCAAUUUCUCAGUGUCAAAGAAAGAAUGACACUCGAAGGAGAAUUGAUUCGUAAGUGUCUCUCAAGAAAUGAAACACAAUGUAGUUUUCUUGAACAUAGAGGGUACAAGGUAAUUUAUCUAUCUCAUAAUGUAGAUUAUUUACAGAAGAUAUGCAUCUCUGUAUUUUAUUAUUGGAAUGGAUUUAGAAGAGGAAGUAAUUCUAUAUCAUAAUAAUGAAGAAUGAAAUGGCCUAUUUAGAAUUUAUUCAUAAUUUAGUUGAAACCCUGGACAAAUACUUUGAAAAUGUUUGCGAAUUAGAUGUAAUCCAAUUAUUUAUUAUAGAUAAUGUUUAAUAUUGAAAAAGCUCAUUACAUCUUAGAAGAAAUGGUGAUGAAUGGUCAAAUUGUGGAAACUAAUAAGACCUAAAUAUUAGGUAUUCGAUUCCUAUAUUAUAUCAGCCCCAAUCCAUGUUUUAGACAAGGCUAAAGAUGAGUGAUGAUUUUUUGUUUAUCAUAAUUGAUUUUAUCAGAAC